AUGCCGUCCAGCAUGGAGAUUGCAUCCUCGUUCAUUAGAGGUGCUCCUCCGGGAGAGCUCUCAGAUGUUGUUGCAGCUAUCAAAAAUUUAACCCCUGAAGGGCCCGGGCUGAUCUCGUCCCUUGCGCCUGCUUUCGAGAAAUACAACGAGGAACAACUCGCGACUGUGAAGCUACCCGGUAGUAGCGAAGAGGUCAUAGUUAGUGGGUAUAAUAAACUUGGCGACGACAGAUACUACGACGUACAGAGCCAGACGUCAUUUACAUUCGAUCACGUCACGCAGACCGCGUCCUCACCACAAUCAUAUGUCCUUGACUCGCAGCAUGCCGAUUUUAUUAAGUCCCUCUUUAGAUCACUUUCCGCUCAUGCGAAAGAGCAUUAUCCAAGCUGCUCGUACGGCGUGUACCCUACGGACAAUGACACUGCUGUUGCCAUCCUGUUGGUUGCAAAUAAAUACUCCCCGAACAAUUUCUGGAAUGGCCGCUAUCGAGCCAUUUAUACCAUUCCUAUGCCCUCUGCAAACUCCGUAACGGGCACCAUUCACAUAAACGUCCAUUAUUACGAAGACGGGAACGUAUCCCUCAACACCGAGAAACCCGUAUCCAUAUCACUCUCUCCAAACUCUUCAGCGGAAACGAUUAUCAAACACAUCACAGCUGCCGAACGGGCGCAGCAGCUCGAACUUAGCGAUGCUUUUAGCAGAUUAUCUGAGGGCGCGUUUAAGGGUUUGCGCAGGCAAUUGCCUAUAACGAGACAGAAGGUUGAAUGGGAGAAAGUGGGUGGAUACAGGCUGGGACAGGAUAUUUCUGGUGGAAAGGGGCGGUAG